AUGGCCUCAAAUCCCAAACCCGCUAUCGGCAGCCGGGUAUGUAUCAUCGGAACCGGUGUGCUUGGCUUGCUUGCUUUGAAGAACCUGAAGGAGCAGGGCCUGGAAGUAACAGCACUGGAGCGCAAUGACUAUCUCGGUGGGAAUUGGCAUGUAUCAGAGAAGAUUGAUCAAGUGACAGCGACUACGUUGACCACAGCAAAUAUAUCUAAGCAUACGAAUUGCUUCACCGAUUUUCCCUUCGCCGAUGACGUUGAAUUGCACCCAAGCGCAAGAAGCAUUGAGAACUAUUUGGAGUCAUACGCAAAACAUUUCGGGCUUGUCUCACACAUUCAUUUCGGAACCAAGGUUGAUCAAUUUGAACGAGACGAGGUCACUGGCAAAUGGAAGGUUUCCACGCAGACAAUAUCAGACAACGAGCUUAGCCCGGUCGAGUGCCAGGAGUUUGAUCGCAUAGUCAUGGCAACUGGGAUGCUCAACAAAAAGAACACGGUCAGCUUCCCAGGCCAAGACAGGUUCAUCGGAGAAAUCAUCCACUCGCGGGAAUUCAAGGAUCCGUAUAGAUACACGGGGAAGAACAUCUUGGUCGUCGGUAUUGGAGCAACCGGCGUAGACACGACCACUUUCUUGAAGAAAGCCGGAGCGGCGAGAAUCUACCUCAGCCAUCGAGGCCAGACAUACUUGAUGCCCAAAAUGACGGACGGCAAGGCAUUUGAUCACUCCCUGUCCAGACGCUUGGGCAAUAUCUUGAGAUUCUGCUUGAGCUGGUGGCCCCAAGGCGGUCUGGCCCUGAUGGCUAAGUCAAUGCACAGAGCACAGAUGAAGGCCUAUCCGUGGCUUGCUGAACACCCGUCGUUCUCGAAGCCUCGCGCCGCGCCCACUGCACCUAUGAUUCAUCGUCUUCCCGUAUUUAGCGACGACCUUGCAUAUAACCUCCGAGAUGGCAGUGUACAAUCUGUCAUGGGGGUCCGGGAAAUAAGCGGGGGACGCUCGGUCACCUUCACAGAUGGCACUGUGGUUGAUGACCUGGACUGCAUCGUAAUUUGCUCUGGGUAUCACUACAGCUUCUCCCUGGUUGCCGGUGCCGGAAACCCAAUUGAUCCCACCAAGGCGCCGGAUCAGUACCGAGAGAUUCGAGCAGCACCGCAUUUCGAAGAGAACAACCCCUUCUCACGUCUGUAUCACGGCUUCAUUUCCGAGCAGUAUCCAGAAUCGCUUGCCUUUCUAGGCCAUGUGGUUGCUUUCAGCCCGUCGUUUGUGUUUUACGAUCUGAUAACGAUGGCCUUGGCCAACAUCUGGGGCGGCAAUGCACCUCUCCCAACGGCCAAGGAGAUGCGGCAAGACAUCGACGCCCACUACAGGUUCAUCACGAGUGCGCUCAAGAAUGACCGGGUCCCACAUCCCGGGAUUCGGGUUGAUGUUCGAAAUACGUACGAUUGGUUGAAUAAGAUGGCCGGCACGGGCGUCACAGAGCGCCUUGGCAACUUCAAUGCUGAGGCUUGGAACCUAUGGUGGAGCGAUAGGCGAUUCUAUAACUUGCUCAUGGACGGCGUGAAUGUCCCUGCAGUCUACCGCCUGUUUGACACAAACCGUGGAAGGGUGCCGUGGCCUGGCGCAAGAUCACAGAUUGAGAAGACUAACCGGGAGGUCCAGGAGAUGGAGGAAGCAUGGAAGAAACAGAACAGUGGGAAGGGUAAAUAA